AUCAUGAGAACAUAAUGAAGCCACAAGAUUAAGAGUAAGAUUUAAGAAAGAAAGGAACAAAAAAUAGAAUAAUAGUAAAGGGUAGGACAUCAAAGUUCAAACUCAGGCUUUUAAAUUUGGGUUUCCAGAAUGCCAAAGCAUGUCUUUACAGCUCCAACAAGGUGAGAACUUAGAACUCUGAAACAAAAAGCAACCAAAUCGAAAAUCGGAAUUCUCUGAGCUUCAUCAUUUUUCCUAAGAUAAGCGUUAAUGGUGUCGUACGUGAAUGCAUUAUUGUAUGGCGUUGGAGGAAUUGUAGUUGCAGGAAUGGCUUUAUUGGUAGCUUUCCAAGAUCGUCUUGUCUAUGUACCAGUCUUGCCUGGUCUUACGAAGUCGUACCCGAUAAAUCCAGCUCGUUUGCGACUUAUUUAUGAAGAUGUUUGGCUCAGAUCUUCAGACGGUGUUAAACUUCAUGCUUGGUUCAUCAAGCUUCUUCCUGACUGCCGAGGUCCAACUAUAAUGUUCUUUCAAGAAAAUGCUGGAAAUAUUGCUCACCGGCUUGAAAUGGUUCGGAUUAUGCUACAGAAGUUGCAGUGUAAUGUUUUCAUGUUGUCUUACAGAGGUUAUGGUGCUAGUGAUGGCUAUCCUUCUCAACAUGGAAUCACCAUGGAUGCUCAGGCUGCGUUGGAUCACCUAAUGCAGAGGACUGAUAUAGACACAUCCCAGAUUAUUGUCUUUGGAAGGUCACUGGGUGGUGCUGUUGGAGCUGCUCUCACCAAGAACAAUCCAGAGAAGAUUUCUGCCUUAAUUCUGGAAAAUACAUUCACAUCAAUUUUGGACAUGGCUGGAGUUUUACUGCCUUUUUUGAAGUGGGUUAUUGGUGGAAGCACUGCCAAAGGUCUUAAGAUUAUGAACUUUCUAGUUCGAUCCCCGUGGAGUACCAUUGAUAUUAUUGGGCAGAUCAAACAGCCUAUCCUCUUUAUCUCUGGAUUGCAAGAUGAGAUGGUUCCUCCUAUUCAUAUGAAAAUGCUAUAUGCCAAAGCAGCUGCACAUAAUAAACAAUGCUAUUUUGUGGAAUUUCCUUCUGGCAUGCAUAUGGAUACGUGGCUUACUGGCGGAGACCGUUAUUGGAGAACAAUUCAACACUUUAUGGAACAACAUGUUUCUGGAAGAAAACAUGAUGGGUCUAACUCCAGAAGCAGUGAUUCUCAAUCUAGUUAAGCAGUUGUCGCCAGAAAUUGUCGAAGAUGAAUCUUUCAGGCACGUGACAGGAAUUCCUUUUACCCAAUAUAUCAACGUGUAAAAGCUACUAUUUGCUAAGGGUUGCAAAUCUUGGUGUCGAUAUUUGAACUUAUGGCGAGAAAGUGUAAUGAACAUUGGUUACUGACAAAUAUUUUGGUGAGCAACCCGUGUUCUUCGUGCAGUAUUAGAAACUAGAACGUAAGCAAGGGAUACGACGCAAAACAUACAAUGUAUAGUUUUUGCUCUGAAGUAACUCAUUGUUUUUCCAUUGCUAGUGUAACUUCAUACUAAUAUUAAUAUCCUUUGAUUUUAGUAGAUUGGGAUUUUAGGAUCUCAUUACAAUGUUGAUCAAGUAUGUAACAAUUUAACUUGACCAAGACUUAGAUGCUGGAUUGUUGUUAUCGUCGUGUGGGAUCUUGUUUGCUUCGUUAAGUAGAUUUCGAUAAGAAUUUUCUCUU